CGUUUGGUUCCACCGACGUCACGACACUAGACAUUCUUUUGUUACUGUAGUUGUCAUCAUGUUGUGGAUUUCUUUAUCGUCUACUUUACAACGUGUUGUCGGCGUGAAUUAAGAAUAAUUUAUAAAUGUAGUGUUGCCAUUUUUUCCGUAUAAUAGGUCUCUGUAAAAUAAAUUAUGAUCUGGUGCGUGUUAGUGCGUUGUGUUUUCUUGACUUGUCUGCAAAGUGAGGUUAUAUUAUUUGUUUCAUCAUAAAAUGUACAUUUUAAAAAAUCGUUAAACAUGUCCAUAAAAUAUGUGUUGAUCCCAGUUAUCUUAUGUACUGUCAUUGUACCAUUUUCUUCUGCAGUCCCGCCCGACAAUUUAUCAGAGAGUACAGUUACAGAACUGUCAAAAGAAUGGGAUAAUCCCCUUCUCCUCUUGUCAACAUUAGAUGGUUCAUUUUUUGGAGUGGAACAAGCGACAGGUUUUGUGAGAUGGAAAUUGAAGGAUGGUGAGUUCAAUGAAGAUGUGAAUACAGAUAAAAAGACAACUGAUAUAAAUAGUGCACAACCUCUAUCCCAUGAUUUAACCAUUACAACUUUAUUAUUUGCAGAACCUGUAGUGAAAGUGCCUGUUGAUACUUCAAAAACACUGGUACCGAUAUUUUUACCUGAUCCCAAAGAUGGUUCUCUUUAUGUCCUCGGAAAUAAUGACAAUGAUGCUCUAAAAAAAUUACCGUUCACAAUACCACAGUUGGUUGCUUCUUCACCUUGUCGAAGCAGUGAUGGUAUUUUGUACACAGGGAAAAAAAUAGAUACAUGGUUUUCUGUUGAUCCCAAGACUGGAACAAAACAACAAAUAGUUAGUUUUGACAAAGAAGAUAAGACCUGCCCUGUAACAGGUGCUCAUGGAAUUUUUAUAGGAAGGACAGAAUACAAUAUUAUGAUGCUUGACAGCAAACAUAAAGAAAGGAAAUGGAAUGUUACAUUUUUUGAUUAUUCUGCAUCAGCAAUGGACAGCGAGAGAUUUAAAGAUUAUGAAUUAGUCCAUUUCACAGCAAGUGCUUCUGGAAGAACAGUGAGUCUGAAUAGACGUCAAGGAACUUUACUCUGGGAUCAAGAUUAUGGCUCACCUGUUAUUGCUAUUUAUAUGGUGGAGAGUGAUAGUUUGGUGUCUGUUCCAUUUACAAGUGUAGCAGAAGAAACUAUGAACAAUUUGGUAGCUCACUUCAGUUCUUCACCAAAUCCCAUUAUUGAAACAGAUGACAUGAAACUUUAUCCAACUUUGUAUGUAGGAGAACAUCAUCAUGGGCUCUAUGCUUUACCAUCGUUAGUAGAUGAAAAUACUAUAACAAUAAGGUCAGUUCCUGCUGGGCCAUUGCUUUUGGAUGGGCCUCGUCCAAAUUUACAAUAUGCUAUUAAUCAAGGAAACAUACCAGUGCCGCAUCUGGAAUGGACAGCAAAAGGAAAAGUGAGAUACAUGGAUUUAUCAGUUGCUUUCCGAAAUCUUCCCAAGGAUGGAUCUCAACCUAUAGUUAUCUUUGGUCAUUACAAAGUACCAGAGUACAGCAAAACUGUCCUUCAAAUAGGAGGCAAAUCACACCCUCCUCUGACAUCUAUGACAAAAAGUGUAACCAUUCUAGGAGAUGGCACAACAGAUAGAAAGAUAACUUCUUCAUUUAAAUUUGAAAAUCUUGAAAAGCAUUCAAUAGGAACACAAACUGAGGAGAAAUUUUUGGGGUUUUGGGAUAGAGUUGUGGAGGGCAACUAUACAUUCAUCAUGUCCAAAGACUUUGUUGCUCUCUCGUUCAGUACUGCGAAACUAUGGUUUCAUCAGCAAGAGAACAAAGCUCUGAAACUGACCUUCAUUGUAUGCAUGGGCUGCAUAUUUUCAUUCUUGUAUUAUUUACAUACUCAGGUUCGUGAAUUUCAACAAAUGUCUCAAGGUUCACGAGGUAGUGGCAAGUCAAGUUCCACUGGAAAUAGAGUAAUAACUGCCUUACCUGAAGACGUAGGUGAAGGUAUAAUAAGAAUUGGCAAGAUUACAUUCAAUACCCAGGAAGUAUUGGGAAAAGGAUGUGAAGGCACAUUUGUUUUCAAAGGCACUUUUGACAACAGAUCUGUUGCAGUUAAACGGAUUCUUCCAGAAUGUUUUACUUUUGCUGAUAGAGAAGUUGAUCUUUUACGAGAAUCAGAUGAACAUCCAAAUGUAGUACGGUAUUUUUGUACAGAAGAAGACAAACAAUUCCGAUAUAUAGCUCUUGAACUUUGUGCUGCUACAUUGCAAGACUGGGUGGAAGAACGAUUCAUUAUGAACAAAAACAUAACUGUUUAUGAUGUACUAUAUCAGGCAACUCUAGGUCUGGAGCACCUUCAUUCCUUGGAUAUUGUUCACAGAGACAUAAAACCGCAUAACGUUCUCUUAUCCAUGCCAAAUAAUAGAGGAGAAGUUCGAGUAAUGAUAUCAGAUUUUGGUUUGUGCAAAAAAUUGAAAGUUGGUCGAAUGUCAUUUUCAAGACGUUCUGGUAUAACAGGAACAGAUGGAUGGAUUGCACCGGAAAUGCUCAAUGGAGAGAAUAGAACGACCUGUUCUGUAGACAUUUUUUCCCUGGGCUGUGUUUUUUAUUAUGUAUUAUCUUCUGGGAAGCACCCAUUUGGUGAUACUCUGAGGAGACAAGCCAAUAUACUAAGUGGAGAAAGCCAGCUGAAUGAUUUGGAGGGAGACGAUAAACUAAUGCAUCGCACUUUGGUAGAAGCAAUGAUCAACACUGAUCCCUCUCAAAGACCUCCAGCAAGUGCCAUUGUUAAACACCCAAUUUUUUGGAAAAAUCACUCAAUUCUUACAUUCUUUCAGGAUGUGAGUGAUCGAAUUGAAAAAGAAGAUCAGACAAGCAAUGUCCUUCAGAAUCUGGAAUAUGGAUCACUUGUUGUAGUAAGAGGAGAUUGGAGAAAUCAUAUUGAUGAAGAAGUUGCCCAAGAUCUCCGGAAGUAUCGAAACUAUACAGGAACAAAUAUACGUGAUUUAUUGCGUGCCCUUCGCAAUAAGAAACAUCACUACCGUGAACUUUCAAUGGAAGUACAGUCACGAUUAGGAGAUAUUCCAGAAAAGUUUGUCGAGUAUUGGACUUUUAGAUUCCCACUACUAUUAAUGCAUACAUGGCAUUCAAUGCAGUGUGUGAAGGAAGAAGCUGUAUUUUGUGGGUAUUAUCAUGAGGAAUACACCUUUAAAAAUCCCAUUGUAGAUAUAUGGCAAGAAAAUGCCUCAAAUUAUGUAGAUAGUAUGCCUUAUGAUUACCCUAGAAAUAAAAAUAAUGAACAUUUUAAAAUACGAUCUCUUAAAAAUUCACCAAAGAAGAAACAAUUUAUGAACGGUAAUGAUGCUGAAAUAUAUUCAUCAGGCUUUCAUCAAUUACUACGCAGCAGGAAAAGUCCUUUAAAAAAUGAGUACAGAGACAGUACAAUUAGAAGAACACCUCCCACAGAUGGAGAACAAUUACAAUAUGAGACUGACUGGAGAAAUUUAAAUGAUCCCACUCGUAAGUUCUGGAAAAACCUGGAAGCACUGGAACAACCUUUAAAUGUUCCUUGUCAAACCUCCAAAAACAUUUUCACCAGCACAGAAGCUCAAACAUUAGAUAACUAUGUACAAAUGGAAAAUCAAAAUGAUUUCACGGUUGGUGCCUCUGGCAUAUUUGACAAGGGACUAUCAACAUUUACAAUGAAUAGAACAAUUUUUCAAAAUUCACAAAUAUCAUCACCUCAAGACCAACUUUCCACAUUACUUGCAAAUAGUGAAUCACAUUCCACAGGAGAUAAAGACACAACUGAAAGAAGGGAAUAUCGUGCAAGAAGAGGCAAAAAAUCAAAACAGAAAAGUGUUGAAGUUCCCUUGCAGUGGACACUGCCACUUGAUGAGACGUAAGAAUUAAUUUUCUUUAAAGUACGUUUAGAAAGUUUCACAGUUUUUAUGGUAUUAAACCUUUCACCAUUCAAGGAUUUAAAUUUUUUUUGAACUGCAGCCAAAUAAGACUUUGUUGAGAUAGAUUUAUCUUACACUGACACAUUGCAGUUCUCUUUUCUACAAAUGAAAAGACAACCUAAUAGCCUAGAUUUGCCUAUCAAGUAGGGUAAGGCAGAACUACAUUGAAUUCUCAUGUUUUGAGAACUGGAGUUGGAUAAAACUGUAAAACACAAUAUAAUUUCCUUAUGAAUAGAUGGAAAAACAAUCCAACUAUUUUAGUUCUGGGAUUAGGGAAUUUGAAUUUACUCAAAUAGCUCCCCUUUUAAAAUUAUUUAUUUUCUGAAGAAUUGUAUUAAAGGUAUGUACAUCUUAUGAUAUUCAGCAAUUAAUAUUUUAUUGCAUAUUGCCAUGACUGACUGAUAGGAUUCUUGUGAAAGGCUAAUUACUUUGAGGCACACACACACAAAGGAGGUAACCUAUUUGUAUUAGAAAUUUGUGUGGGUUAUGUACUUAUUAAUGGUGUAUAUAAAAUAUUGUUUGUUUUUUCCCCACAAAUUGUUACAUGUCUGUAUGUAUUUUAUGUGUACCACCACAAACAGCAAAUGUCUCAUGCUGCUAAACAAAUUGUAAGAAACAGUUUGUUGCUGAUAAUAAUGUUUUUUGGUGGUUGUCGACAUUUUAUCUCACAAACAACUCUUGCAAUAGUGUUAAAAUGUCUUCAUUUGUUAAGCAUGGGAUUUUCUAGUUCUUAAGAGGAGUACAGAAAAGAUUAACAGUUUUAAUUUGUAAUUUGAGAUUGUUUAUGAUUCAAUCUGUUUUAACAAUUUUAAUUGUGCUAUACACUUCAAAGGUCCAAACUCUGACUAGUAAAGGAUUUGUAAUUGGGUUCCAUCUCUAGAUUUAACUAUUGGAUUUUACCAACACCGAAAAAAUAUUCAGAAAAUUGGAAAUUGUUCAAAUGAAACAACCAUUAAAGAACAGAAAACAUCCAGUGGUUCCGAUAUUUUUUUAAUGGUCAAUAAUGUACAGAGGAUGUAAGAACUUGUAUUUUUGUGAUACAGAUAAUUUGAUUUAUGUUACUGUUUGGACUGAACUUGAUAUUGCUCUCAUGAAGAAAUAACUUGAGAUUCUUGGGCACUAAAUCCAGAUCUUUAAAUGUUUGACCAUUAUAUCAGCAGUUUGUCUGUCUCAAAAAAAUAGACAAGAUUAUUCAUUUUUUAAUCCAUAUUGUGAUUAAUGUAUAAUUGAAUAGGCAAAGUACAUUUGACAAGUUCACUCCACAUUACAAGCACACACACACACUCACUGGUGUUGUAACCAAGACCCAAUUUUAUGUUUAAUUUCAAAUUUUUGAAAAGAUAAAAUAAUAACAAUAAUAAAGACACUUCUGAUAUAGUUUCAUUCCUUCCUUAUAUAUAGAAAAAUGUAACUAGUAUCCUUUUAAUUUUUCUGUUUUCAUAAUACCUUAGUGAUGACAUCAGUGACUAAAAUUUGUUUGUUCAAUAUAAAACAAAGGACCAUAGUUGUCCAAGACCCCAGUUAUUUUCAUUUUAUACGGAAUGAUGGCCAUAGUAAGUUUUUACUCACAUUUUUUUAUUAUUUGUACAUGAAUACUUCAAUUUAAAAAUUGUUUUUCUGUUAAAUAUUUGUAAUUUGAAUGUUUCAGGCAAUCGCUCAAGGAUCUUUGCAAACUUUUAUACUUAGAUGUGUAGAUUUGAUAAAGAUUUCCUUUCUGGGCAUUGCUAUAUUGCGAGGUUGCCCAACUGGCAGCCUGCGGAAGGUUAUUAGACAAAUGUGAAAGUACCUUCCAUGUUAGACAAGAAUAUUUGUGUCUAGCACACUUGCUGUUGAGGUCAACACCCCCUUAAUGUAAAAAUAGAGUAAGUUCAUAUUUAAGGACUUUUUCUGCUAAACUCAGAAAUUCAAAAUCAUUCCGUAUUUUACUGCAUAUGCGUAGUUCCGUCCCCCCCCCC